AUGUCGAUCAUGAAUUCGUUCGUGAACGACGUCUUCGAGCGCAUCGCUGUUGAGGCAUCGAAACUCGCACACUACAACAAGCGAUCGACGAUCUCCUCCCGCGAAAUCCAGACUGCCGUCCGUCUGAUCCUUCCCGGAGAACUCGCGAAGCACGCCGUGUCCGAGGGAACCAAGGCCGUCACUAAGUACACCUCCAGCAAGUAA